AGGGACUGCUCUGCUGAAUGUGAAACCCAAGACCUCGUCAUUUAGUGCAAAUUUGUCCUGCGAUCAGCAAUAAGCGUUUCAGAAUGGGGAACUUUUCAGUCAAAAUCCUCUCGGUGUUGCUCUUAGAUUUAUUGAUUGCAAGAUUUUGUUACGGGAUGAAGACAGGAAGCUUCUGCGGCGAGGCUGAAAAGCGCAAUAAGCUGUGCACCAGGGCGCAGGCGAUUGCUGGUGAGCCUCUUCGACUGAGGGGAGGAGGAUCGCUUCAGAUCUAUGAGAUCAAGGAUUUCUUGACAAUCACGCGAAGAAAGGAUGCGCGGCUGGUGACCAUUAAGAAGCCAAGAGGAGGACGUGCUGGACCAACAAAGUUCAAAGUUCGAUGUAGCAGGUUUCGUUACACGUACGUGGUGGCGGACAGCAACAAGGCAAGCAAGUUGAAACUUUCCCUUCCACCAUCCUUGAAGAUCAAAGAGAUAUCGGGAGGACGACAAAGAGCUGCCAAUCGCCCAUACGGAUAGAAGGAGAUUACCAGGGUGAGAUGUAUGUCAGACUGAGGAUCGAGACCGUAGGGGGGCGGAGGGCAAGCAGCAGCAAGGGUAAAGAAGAGCAAGGAAGAGCAGAGCAAGUGCAGUAUGGUGAACAAUCUAUAAGAACUUUGGAUACUUGUCUUGUGAGGAGAAGCAAAAUCGAGUCUCAC